AUAGACCACGUAAAUCAAUAGUAAUGGAUCGAAUUGUAAAAGAGACAUCAGAUAACAAUAUAAUUAUAAUCACAGAAGGUAGUGAAAUCAAAGAAUUGAUAAAAGAACAUUUUCACAAUUGGACAAGGAAAAGAACAACAGAUACUGG